UCCACCACUAGCUUGGCCACCGCGGGAGUGCUCUGAAAAAUCCACCAUCAACCCCAACUCCCCAACCCACAAGGCCAACUGGCUGGUUCCCUGAGUGAACUGACCCUUGGUGCAGUGCGGCUCUUAACCAUAGUAAUCUCCACGAGCGAGAAGAUCUACCAUGGAUGACUUCACUGUCAAAGCCGACGACGGCGGACCUGCUUGGAAGACGCCAGGAAUCGGACGCAAAGUCACGAACCAGAUGCGAGUCUGGGAGCUCGAACAGAAGCGCCUUGUGCCAGACGGCCUUCUUUUCAUCAACUCGCGGGGUGUCAUGCGGACGGUGCUCCCUGUCCCGAUAUGCGAAAUCGACAACGAUCCCCUGGCUAUUCGAGGCUCGGUUAUCCCGAAGCUCCCUGGGUGGGUUCGCGACUUCCUCCUCUCCGCCUUGACAAGCGUCUACCAUACCCCUCCUCGUUUCUGCGAGAUGCUCCAUGGCGUCCUGGUCGAGUCCAAACGGGGACAACACCCGGUUGACCUCUCCAUUUCCACGCUACAGCCCGCCUUCUUCUGGUCGGCCACCUACCCUCUCCGGGUGGCGCUGGCUGAUCUUGAGACAUUCUCGGCCCACCUCCGGGAGAACACGCCCGUCACACCCCAGACGUGCAGCUUGGUCAAGCAGAAGAUCGAGAGCCUUGUCAACGCCUAUGACGUCGACGCGAUGCCCGUCGAGGUCGGGCGCGUGGUGCGGAUGCUCGAACGGGUCGAGAACGGCUACCCGGACGCCAGCGCGGACGCACUCCUCGACGGCCUGACCAGCGCGGUCGUGCGUCCGUACAAGGAACUCCUGUACAAGCUGGACAUGGUGACGAUGUGGGCUGACCGAAUCCUUGACAAGUUCGAGGUAUCGAAGGCCAAAUAAGGUUGAGCUUAGGAACUGGCUACUUCAACGAGGUGCAGGGGGGCGAAUUCCUUGCUAAGUACCCCCUUUUCCAUCAAGCUUUUUUUUUCUUUUCUCUG